AUGGCGGCCGCACGCUCGUUUUUGUGCUUCCUGACACUCGUUAUCUACUGUUCACUCGUUCGUGCCGCUCCCUGGAUCGUGACUGAUUACUGGGAAGAAGAGCACAUCACCAGCUAUCUCUAUGAUUAUUAUUAUUCCUCCAACGUCGCGCCUUACGUGACCACUGUCAACCAGGAAGUUCGACCCACGGGCACUUCGCUUCCCGAAGCUGUAUCUACAUACACCAACGUCGGGACCGGAUACUACGCUAGCGACGUGACCGUCGUCAACAAAUUAUACACCGCUACCAUCGGCACGACUGCCUACGACCUUGCCUACGGCGAUACCUACAGCGCUUAUGAAACCACCAUCUAUGUGGUCAACUUCACCUAUACCGCGCCCACGGGCUGCUCUACACAAUGGACCACUACUACCUCUGCCACGGUGACACCUCCCAGCAGCAUCGAGGCACUGCUCCCGCGCACAGCCACAUCCACCUCUUUCUCCGUGGACAAGACAUCCAGCCCCUUCUCACCAACCACAUAUACCUACGUCUACGUCUGGGUCGAACCUACUCAAAUUCCGAGCACCAGCCUCGCCUGUCUUAGCGAUGAAUCCCGCCCCACGGACCUGUACUCGGGCUCAAAGUGCCAGUACACAGGCAGCGACAACUGCGGCUAUUACUAUGGCGGCUAUGACGGCAGCGACGAAGCCUGGUAUAACGACUCGUCGUGGAUGGGUAUCUCCCCUCUCGCAAUCAUCCUGAUCUGCAUCCUCGGCUGGGUCGGCCUUUUCUUCAUCCUAGGCGUCAUCGAAGCCUGGGUCCGUUUCCAACGUCUCAUGACUGGCUGGCAGACACGUCGAGGAUUCCCUCUUUUCUGGGCCUUUAUGCUUCUGCCCGUAUCACUAUUCUGUCUAUGCUGUUUCCGCAAGGGAUACCGCUCGCGUAAUGCAGGAGAUGCGGCAUUCUUGCAGCAGAAGUGGAGAGAUAUGAGUGCGUGGACGAAGUUUAAGCUUUUCAUUAUCUGGGGCUUCCGGUUCAAGUAUCCUGAUGUUCUUGGACCAGCGCCGAUGCGCGUUAAGCAGAGCAAGAGGCCUGGUAAAGAUGCUGGGCCGCCUUUGCUCAAUCCUUCGCCGUCUCAGACGGCUAUGCAUGGGCCUCCGAUGGCGGCUGGUGCUCGUGGUCCUGAGAUGGCACAGGAAUCCAAUACUGCGCAGCAUCUGGCCCAGGCACCGUUGGUUCCUGGGGCUGCUGGUGCCUUGCCGGGUCAGGAGGAAGGUCGUCAAGAGGAGAAUGUCAGCCGUGGGGGGGUUGUGAGUCGAGAUGGCGCAACUAGUCAUGAUGGGUCGAUUAGUCGGGAUAGGCCAGUUAGUCAGGGUGAAGAGAUUGGUCGGGCGCAUUGA